AUGCCCGUAUCUACAGCGCUUAUCCAGCCAAAUCGAGAGUUGUCCCCUCAGAUCCCCAAGCAGCCUUUCAAUAUCCCGACGUCACUCUCGGAAUACUUCUUUCGCGAAGUCAUCACACUUUACUGCGCAUGGGACAGCAAAUCUAACGUCAUGCGCAAUAUCAUCGAGACCUCGUGGCAGUCUUCCGGAGCGCUCUACCACACCAUCCAAAGCAUGUCGGCAGCCUGUCUGUCAGAAGACUUUCCGCACCUUUUGCCAGUAGCUCGCCGCGAGCACGCACAAGCGCUCGAGAUGCUCUGCCAAGACUCUUUGCCAUCACACAAGCAAGCCAUGCUACUCGCCUCUCAGUUACUUGGCCAUACGUCAAGCUGGCUCACUCCGCAGAACCUGGCCACGGAUAUGUUUAAUACGAGCUGCGAUAUCCUGAGAGACAUCUUGCUUGACACGGGCAGAGAUUCCACUAUUUCAUUCUUUAGCGACACUAUGGAUUACUGGGCAAUGCUGCUGGCCUAUCUCACGGAUAGCCAUCACCUUGGCAGUUAUGAUCGAAACUUUUCGUUUGGGCCGGCGGAGUCUACCAAAUCGGACGAACCGCAUCCAUAUUCUGGCAUCUCCCGAGACACAGUCAAGAUACUCGCCGACAUUGGCGUUCUCGUCUUCCAAUACCGAAAGCACAUCUCCAAAGUCAAGUUUCUUACCGAGAAUGACAUUGACGUCUUCCGAACCGCACUCAGAGAAGCUCGAAAGCUUGAGCGAGUGCUUUUGGCUCAUCGCUCACCAGACCUAUCCCAAGUCAAGGACCCAGGAGACCCAAAAACACCGUUGAAGCACCUGCAACUCAUAGACGAGGCCUAUAGAUGCACGGGACUUCUGCAACUAUAUCGCGUAUUCCCUGACUUACUCAACGAACGAUAUGCCCCAUGGGACAAGGAAUAUUUACUUCGGCCAUUGCCGUUGGACAAGAUGCCGAGCGCCCAAGAGAGGCAGACAUGGCUAACCAAGCUUGCGAUGCACAUCUUGGGUAUUCUGAGAGAGAUACCGUUCGAGUCCCGGACGCGCAGCGCGCAGCCGUUCAUCAUGGUCGCUUGCUCAAGCGAGUUGAGAAGAAAUCCACAGCACUUGCAAUCUGCAUCUGUGGCUGCAGGAGACUUGAACAUGUUGGCAAUUGACCCAGCUUCCAUCGAGGUCGCCCGCGCACGGAAGUUUGUGCUGUCGCGGCUAGCUGCUUACACGCACAUCCUACCUUUGAGAAAAAGUCGAGUGAUAUCUGAGUUGAUUGAUCAGAUCUGGUCGGCGUUGGACAGUGGAAGUACGGAUGUUUACUGGCUGGACGUGGCGCAUGAAAAGAACUUGGGAACAAUGAUGGGAUGA